AUGAAUCAGGCUGGGUCUCCUACAAAGCCCUGCCACAACUGCAGGCGGCAGCGGCUAAGAUGCGACCGCUCGUACCCACACUGCAACAAGUGUAUAAACGCCGGAAAGGAAUGCCUCGGAUACGGAAAACUGUUUCGCUGGACCGGCGCAGUGGCUAGUCGGGGCAAGCUCGCAGGCCGCACGUCAAGUGCGCCCGUGCCUGCUGGCAGCACUGUGAUGACGGCGUCGUCGGUAUCAUUCGCGUCACCUGUUGACUCACCGAAACAGGCCGACUACACGCCAGACAUUUCUUCACCAGAAACUCAGAGUUCUCCAUCAACGCCGCCGCCUGAUGCCUCUCCCGAGCAGAUGCAGCUUGUCAGCUCACGGACAAUCUCACUCGAGUCUGAGCUAAAGACGCCCUACAUCCUCAUUGACCCUCUAUAUCAGGACCUCGGCGAGUCUCAUCGCUAUUACUUAUCAUACUUCACGAAUCGUGUGUGCAAGGACUUGGUCUCACAUGAUGUACCCUCAGAAAACCCAUUUCGCAGCCUACUACCUCUCACAAAAGCACAUCCUCUACUGCAAUACAUUAUUGUUGCAGCGUCUGCCGCUCACAUGUCUAACCUCAUGAAGGCGCCUUUGCCUACAAUGAAAGAGAAUCGCAUGAUUGCUUCCAGUCGACACGAUGCAUCCCAACAAGCCUUGCAACAUGCAUUGGUGGCAAAGCACAAAGCGCUACUUCUUAUGCGCGAUGCUGUUGAAAAUAUUGACGUGAUAGGUGGCGACGUUGCUCUGGCUGCGGCCCUUUUCUUUGUCAAUGUUGAGCUCAUAGAAUCUGGAAAGCAUGGCUGGAAAGCUCAUUUAGAAGGCGCCGGCAGAAUCAUGUCCCUUCUUGAGCCGUCAGCGUCGACGGAUAAUACCUUGAGAAAUUAUAUGCUAUCUGACUGCUUCAUCUACUUCAUAUUGGGCUCGGCUUUCAUGCCCAUGAAAUUCCAGACACAAAGUUUUGAAGCGUCGCGGAUCCCUGCGAUUCUCGACCGCGCUGCUGCCAAUAGCUACUUGUGCUGUCCACCAGCCAUCCUGCAAAUUCUCCACGGAGCUUCUCAACUUUCCAAUCUGCAAGACCAAGACGAGGCGGCAUUGCCUGCCGAGAUUGAAGCUGUCGGGCUAGCGUUGUUGCAGCAAGCUCGAAGCUUUGACAUUGUCGCUUGGGCAAACGAUGCCAGGAUAGUAUCGUACCUUCACGGCAUUCCAAUUGAAAGUCGCAUCCACGCCGGCUCUGCACACCGUCUCGCGGCUUGCCUUUACAUUCUGCAGGCUGUGCCAGCGGUAGGUGCCGCUCUUGGGCCCGAAUUUUCCCAAUCUCUCAGUCGAGAGCUAUACGAACAUCUCGCGAGUAUUCCGGACCACGACCCCAACUUCAAGGCGACAACGUGGCCAACAUUUAUUGUCGGCGCGGAGGAAACAGAUGACGAGCAACGCCAGUGGGUCAUGGACAGACUGCAGCGCCUUGUGGUCAACUGCCCAUGGGGCUUUCUCUACACAGCAAUGGAGACUUUGCCAGUCAUCUGGGGGUUAGACAAGGAAACGGAUUCUCGUAGCUGGCUCCAGGCGCUGAAGGAUCCAGACAUGAAUUUCCUGCUUGUGUGA